UAUGAAGAAAAUAAAGACCAUCUUCUUUGAUGGGGCAGUGAUCAAGGAAUCUUCUUUGAGGUAGCGAGCUCAUAUGUAGUGGUCAGGGUAGUCAUGUUCCAGGUGGAAGGAAUGGCUGGUGCAAAGGACCUGCGGUGGGAAUGAAAUUGGCAUAUUCAAGGAAAAGAAACAUGCAAGGUGACUACGGCAGAGUGAAGGAGAACAAAGGAGAGAGUGAUGUGAAUUCAGACUGGAGAGGUGCUCAACGGCUGCAUCAGAAAGUCUUGUCAGCCAGGUUGAGGAGUUGGGACCUUAUUCAAAGUGCAGGGGGAAUCCACUGGAGAUUAGUGAUGUGACUGGACACAUGCUUUAUAAAAUGCCUUUCCAACUGCUGUGUGGACAGUGGGUUUAGGGGAACAGAGAGAAGUAUGUAGUAGAGGAGUGUAGUUAGAAAACCUCCACCUUAGAGAUGAUGGUGGUCUGGAUUAGGAUGAUGGCAGAAAAGAUGAGAGGCGAAUAGGCUCUGGAAGAACUGUAGAUGGCACACCCUGAUGAACCCUGAUGAACUGGCUUCUGGGGGAGAGGGCAGUAGAGGACCCAGUAUGCCUUCUGUGAGUUGAGAUGAGGCCUGCCCUUUGGAAGACAGACAUUACCAGAAAAUGUUUGCUCUGUUGGGAAAUGAAACAUGCAUUGAGAUUCACUUUUUUUUUUAUUAUUAUACUUUAAGUUCUAGGGUACAUGUGCACAACGUACAGGUUUGAUAUAUAGGUAUACAAGGUCAGGGGUGCAACCAGAGCUAAGAAAAAUGUCCAUACAAGUAAAAGCUAGUGCUUUGCAUAUUUAAUUAACUUACUCUUCAACACAAUUAAUUAAGUACUGUUUUAAUCUGUGCUACAGAUGAGGAAACUGAGGAAUCGAGAGGUUGAGUAAUUUGUCUAAGAUCCCUGCUGGGAUCGCUGUUAUCUCAGCCACUGAGGGGUAAAGCUGGAACUUGGACCCAGGCAAUCUGAUUUCCAAGUCUCAGCUCUUAAAUGCAAGGCCCUCCUAGAUACUGUAUUUGGUGUACUGGUCAUGUCUGCAACUAAUCAUACAGCUUGAGAGUUUGAACAAAUGUUCGAAAGUAUGAUUCUUCUACUUCAUGAAUAUACUUAUUUCUAACUUUUGCCCAAGUUAGACAUUUCUCAAAGGGGGCAGUUUUGUCCCAUACAAACAUUUUUGUCUGACAUAACUUGGGGGCAGAGCUACUGGCAUCUAGAGGACAGGUGUACUCCUAAACAAUUCCAAUGCACAGGAUGUUCCCAGAACAAAGUAUAUUCCAGCCCAAGUGCUGAGGUUGAGAACCCCUGGUGUAGGUGUAUACAGCCAGGAAGACAUGCACCUGUGAACGGUGACAAACAGGAGGGUGCAAUGAAUUGUCCAGUUGAUAUAUGAUGAUGGAGUGCUAGGGGCUAUGGAGUAUUCCAGGAGGAAGAUGAGUUCUAAUUUCCAAUUGCACAUUCUAGUCUGAGGAAUGGGACAGAGCACAAAAUAGGACAAUCAUCUGCAGGGUGUCAUGGAAGAGACUCAGAGAGCAAUAGGGGCUCAGAGGGAAAAUGGAAAUUUUAUGGAGGAUCCAUCAGGAUCCAAGAAGUUGGCACCUGGGGUGAGGCCUUAAGAUGGAACAACAUUUGAAUGGGGAAAGGCAUGGGAGGGCCCUGUGCAUUGGGAAGAACCAUGCAUGAGGGCACAGGUGCCGGGGGAAUGGAGUGGGGAAGUGCAGAGGCAUCCAGAGGGGAAGCGCCAUGAGAAUUCCGAGUUUACUGAAUAGAUUCGUCCUGAUAAAGGAUGGAUGGGGUAAAGCCAGAUCAUGGAGGGCUUGGAAAGCCAAGUGUGGGUUUGCUGUAGUAAGAAGAGGGGAUUAGCAGUGUUCUCCAAGUGACAUUUUGUACCUGCUUUGGGGACAUUCCUCAGUCAUUGUAGAAAACACCACCUGCAUGAGUUGGCCCAGAGGGUUGGAGAUGAGAAGGCUGGGCUAUGACUCAGCUUACUGUGAGGAGGUGGUGGGUUUAGAUGGUGGCAGCCACUUAAAAUGGAAAAGAAAUGGAGAAGGCUAAACUCAAGAGUCCAUUUUCUGAGUGCCCUCCCCUCCCAAGUGACCCCGCUUUUAAAGACAAGGAAGCAGAAGCACUGUGAGGCUAAAUGACUUGUCUGUUGUCUGGCUAGUAUGUGGCAGGUCUGGGCUUGUCUCAUUGCAUGGACAGCAAGGGAAAAACUGAGGGGAGUUUGGUUUGUAGAAAAUCUGGGGACAAGACAAUGUAAAGGACAAAGACACAACUGGGAAUAAGAUGCAUAAGAGGCAGUAAUGGACAAAAUUCAACAGUGCCCUUCUUUCCCUUCAGAGAACCAGUGUCCCUGUGACUCCGCCUACUCAUCUGGCCACCAUUGCCCUGAGCUGCCAGGAGCCUGGAGAAGAUGAAGGCAUCCGUGGUUCUCUCCCUCCUUGGCUACCUGGUGGUUCCGAGUGGUGCUUACAUCUUGGGGCGUUGCACAGUGGCUAAGAAACUCCACGAUGGAGGCCUGGAUUAUUUUGAGGGCUAUAGCCUUGAGAACUGGGUGUGCCUGGCCUACUUUGAGAGCAAGUUCAACCCCAUGGCCAUCUACGAGAACACACAUGAUGGCUACACUGGCUUCGGCCUCUUUCAGAUUCGUGGCAGUGACUGGUGUGGCGACCAUGGCAGGAACCGCUGCCAUAUGUCAUGUUCCGCUUUACUGAAUCCUAAUUUAGAGAAGACAAUUAAAUGUGCCAAGACCAUUGUAAAAGGAAAAGAAGGGAUGGGAGCAUGGCCCACCUGGUCCCGGUACUGCCAGUACUCCGACACCCUGGCGCAGUGGCUGGAUGGUUGCAAGCUGUAGCCGCCUGCACGGCCCCUGCAGCACUCACCAGUUGCAUCUUGUGAAUGCAGGUGCUUUUCUGCUUGCUGCUUCAGUCAAUCCUGUUGAUGAUCUCACCACUUUAAGAGCUCCAGAUGGAAAAAGACAAAAGUUUGCUUCAUCCGGGGAUGCAGGAUGCAGAAUAAACCAAACUAGUUACUCAACUUGGGCCAAAGGUCUCUGCUUUGAUUGUGAUUAUUUCUGUAAUCACCAUUAUUUACUAUUAUUGUGAUUUAUUAUUAUUUAAUCUCAUAUGGAGGAAUUGAAGGAAGGAAAUUAUCUGAAAAAC